AUGAUUAGAAACACAAUAAGACUCACAGCCACGAGGAGUUUCUCGGCCGUCAGCAGGCGGUGGUCCUCCAAGUACAAGUUCUACGAUCUUUUAUUAGAAACGGCUACUCAUCCCCAGGAACCCAUUGAAGCGCUGCUAAUGACUUCGAAGGAGUUGAAGGAGUUGAAGAAAACAACCAAGACAACUUUCGAAGGCAACUACAAGUUAGAUGACAUGACUGCUGAGGAGAAGAUUGCCCGAGUGUUUGGAGGAAGAAUCGCAGGAGAAACCAGACAAAGCUCCAGUAGAAUGAACGUGGGCGAGCCACGAAUGAUCGCCGGCGUCGAGGUUCCUGAUAAACCGGGCGAGCCAGACAAUUGCUGCAUGAGUGGAUGUAUAAAUUGCGUAUGGGAGAUGUAUAACGACGAUGUUAAAGAUUGGAACAGAAAGAGGAAGGAAGCUGCAGAGAAGUUAGUGCAGAGAGGCGGAGUGUGGCCCGCAGACUUCCAUCCACCUGUCCAAUACUUAGAGAAGCAGAACUUGCCCGCUUCACUUGCCAAUCUGGCAACUGAGGCUCGAAAGGUGGAGGAGAGGGAAUCGUGGGGAAAUGUGCCAGUACUGAUUAAGGUAUUUGCUGAGAUGGAGAAGAGAAUGAGGGAGAAGAGAAAACAGCAACAGCGGCAGCAGAAGCAGCAACGGGUCGAAGCCUAG